CUUUCAUUCAUUCUCACAUUAAACCUAGACAGUCUGUCUCAAUUAUUAAUCAUAAACGAUGAUUCCUAUGCAACGUCAGGAGUUAUGAAGAAGGAAGAAGGUUGUGGUCCUGUUAAAAACCUAAGGGGAUAGUACAAAUAAGAUAUCGGUUGACCGCCUCUGCCAACGCCAAAAUGCCCCAACCGGAAUUCGACGAGGCGGAUACAAUCCGCAUCCUCAUAGCCACUGACAAUCAUGUGGGUUAUGAGGAACGUGAUCCGAUCCGUGGUGAUGACAGCUGGAAGUCAUUUGACGAGAUUAUGAACUUAGCCCGGAAGGAAGAUGUUGAUAUGGUGUUGCUGGCCGGAGAUUUAUUCCAUGACAAUAAACCCUCUAGAAAGGCUAUGUACCAGGUUAUGAGAUCGUUACGCAGAAAUUGUCUUGGCAAUAAGCCAUGCCAACUCCAAUUUUUCAGCGACGCCACCGAAGUUUUCCAAGGCGGCUUCGGACAUGUCAACUAUGAGGAUCCUGAUAUCAACAUCUCCAUACCGGUUUUCUCCAUCCACGGCAAUCAUGACGAUCCCAGCGGUGUGGGUAAUCUCUGCUCUCUAGAUCUUCUUGAGGUGGUCGGAUUAGUCAAUUAUUUCGGGCGUGUGCCACAGGCAGACAAUAUCGAGGCCAAGCCUGUUCUACUUCAAAAGAACAAGACUAAGUUGGCUCUUUACGGAAUAAGCAACGUACGCGAUGAGCGAAUGUUCCGAACUUUUCGCGAUCAUAAUGUCAAAUGGUUUAGACCAAAUCAGCAAUUAGGCGAUUGGUUUAACCUACUUGCCGUCCACCAGAACCAUCAUGCGCACACUGCGACAGGAUAUUUACCUGAGAAUAUGUUGCCCGAAUGGUUAAACCUAGUUAUCUGGGGUCACGAGCAUGAAUGUCUAAUCGAUCCUACACAUAAUCCAGAGACCGGCUUUCACGUCAUGCAGCCAGGCUCUUCAGUGGCUACAUCAUUAGUCCCGGGAGAAGCUGUGGCUAAGCAUGUUGCUGUGGUUAGCAUCACAGGAAAGGAGUUCAAGGUAGAGAAACACCGAUUGAAAUCAGUCCGUCCUUUCAUGACCGCCGAAAUCGUUCUAGCAACCGAUAAGAGAUUUAAAGGUAUCGAAAAGAAAAAGGAAAAUCGUCAAGAGCUCACGCGAAAAUUAAUGGGCGUAGUAGAGGAGAUGAUUGAGGAAGCUAAUGCAGAAUGGGAGUCUAUCCAAGAUGAGGAGGAUGUGGAUAAUCCAAAACCACUUCCUCUAAUUCGCCUGAAAGUCGAGUACACCGCUUCAGAAGGGGGCCAAUAUGACAUCGAGAAUCCGCAACGAUUUUCUAAUCGAUUUCAAGGAAGGGUCGCUAAUACAAACGAUGUUGUGUAUUUUUACCGGAAGAAGACAGUGCAGAGGAAAGCCGCGGGAGACACGAAGCUGUCGGAGGAACUGAUAGUAACUCUAGACGAGACGGAUGGUAUUCAAGUUAACAAGCUGGUUAAAGAUAACCUCUCCUCUCUUCCCCAACCCCCGAAGAUCCUCCCGCAAGCGACGUUCACCGAUGCAAUCACUCAAUUCGUCGAAAAAGAAGACAAGUACGCCAUGGAUUCAUGUGUAAACGAAGCACUCGCGGAGCAGCUGAAGCAAAUAUUAGCGCUUGAGGACCACAACGUUGAUAUAGAAAGCGCGAUGGAGAAAAUCAAAGAGAAGCUUGACCAGAACUUUGCUGCUGGCAAUUUACGAUUAUUGAAACGACGCGCAUAUAAGCCAAAACCGGACGCUUGGGAUUCGGACCUAGACGGUCAUUGGGAGGAUCAACCCGAAGCGAUUGACGAAGUGGCAAUCGUCAGUGCGACGAAGUCCCAAACGACACAAUCAACUACCGCCCGAGGUCGUGGGCGGAAAGCAGCACCAGUUGUAGAGGACCAGGAUGAAGAUAUGGACGACGUCUUCGAGGAGCCACCAGCGCCGAAACCAAAAGGGAGGGGUCGUGCGGCCGCAGCUAAGCCAAAAGCAACGCCCGCGAAGGCACCGGCUAAGAAAGCACCAGCCAAGGGGCGAGGACGUAAAGCUCCGUUCCUAGACGACGAUGAUGAUGACGAGGAAGAAGAAGACGUAGUAAUGGAUGACGACGACUUCGACCCUCCCGCACCGCCGCCGAAGCGCACUACGACAAGGGCUACGACGACGAGAGCAGCGGCGGCAUCUACGAGAUCACAGAGUUCGCGUGCUACGCCAGCUUCAGCUAAGAGUACUACCGUGGCAUCUAAGACUAAGGCUGCGCCGAAGACACGCCAGACGCAGUUAAGUUUCUCGCAGAAGGCACCGGCAUCGCAGCAGGAACCUCUGGAAAUUAGUGAUGAUGAGAUAAGUGAUGAUUUUGAGUCGGUGCCGGUGGGGAGGGGACGGCGUUGAGGUGUAGGACUGGGAAAUUGAAAAAAGCUGCGAAAGUCGCGAUAUUACUGUCACUGUCAGUCGCACAUGAUAUGGCUUAGCAGACGGCUAAUCAGCUACGCCUGGUUACCAUUUGAGGCGAACUUAGCAUCGAUGAGAUGGUUUGACAGAUGUAAGAUUGGCCUUAUGUGCUAUAUGCAGUAGAUAUUCAGAGCUGAUGGGCAUCAAUCCCGUCGCGAGAGUGAAAUUAUCAUGACCAUUAGGUUACGCCUCUCAGCCAUGUUAGCAAUCUAAGGACACCUUUUAGAUGAUAA